UGGUCGCCAUGACAGCAAUUCAAAUAACUGUCAUUCGCGAUCGAACAAUUUUUUAAAUAAACUAAUCUUAUACAAUUGUAUUAUUAUUAAUUGCGUGAAGUGUGAACUAUUAUAAAAUGGAUAAAAACAAAACAAUGGCGCCGCCAAAAAAUCUAAAAACAAAGCGACCGUCUACAACUAGCGUGCCGUCUACGUCUCGAAAAGUGCCGCCAAAGGAUAUGAAGAGUCGACCUAAACUGAAUCUAAAUUCGACAAAAAUAAGCGAAGGAGAUGUGACUUUGUGCAAAACGGAUUUUCCAUUGCCCGAUUUCGAAAAUAUGCUAUUGAUCAAUAAUCAAUUUGCAUACGGGCAAUUUUUACGGGCUAUAGUCGAAGAUUGCUUGGUGGAUGAAAAAAUUGUUAAGGAGGAAACUCAAAUGGAUAUUCAGAUGGGCCAAUUAGCCGAUAGAUUUAAUAAAACGAUCGAUCAGCUCGACAAAACGAAUAGACGGUUAAAGGAUAUAUCUUUUGUUGUGGAACAGAAAAGGCUCCUAGAUUUAAAGAACCAAGAUUGCGCACAGUUCUACGAAACUACUGAAAAAGCAAACAUAACAGACACAGUGCAUAAACUAUCUGUAACGGAACAAGCUUGCCUCGACAAAUUAGAGGUAAAGAACAUUGAUUUUGGCUAUGAUAAAGAAUCGGGGCAUAAACAAUUGCUAGAUGCUGUCAAUGAUGCAAUACAAGGAUUGGAACAGAUAAAAAAACAUUCAAACUUAGACAUAGACAAGUUUAAACAGUAUGAACUGUCACAGAAAACCAUAGACCAAUUGGAAAAGGACAGGUUUGAUCUAGACAGCCUCAAGUCUGAAUUUGAGGAUAAGUUUCCGGGCUUUAGUGAGAAAUUGAUAAAAGAAGUGUCUGAGAAAAUUGAGCUGAUGAUGGGAGACAGUGAAUAGUUGUUUUUAUUGAUUAAAUGUUGUUG